GUGGAAAUACGACGAUUUCAAAUCCCGUUACAAAAUACUACUGCCAGAUAUAAAGAAAAGUUGGACAAUGGAUAGCCGAGAAUUUACCGAACUGACAUGCUAUAGUCUGCUGCAAAAAGGCAAGUACAUAUUUGGGAAGACGAAAGUGUUUUUCCGAGUUGGACAGGUGGCGUUUAUCGAAACUCAGAGAUCAGCCAAGCUGUUCAAAAGUGCCGUCACAAUUCAAAAGACAUACAGGAUGCAUCGCGCUCGCUUGGCAUACAAACAAAUGCGUCGAGCAUUGUCUGUCAUCCAGAUAUACUGCAGGGCAUGGCUGGCAUGGCGGUGGUCAAGAUACAUACAAAUGCACCGGGCAGCUUUGAUAAUUACAAGCUUCAUGAAGGGCCUUGUUGCCAGAAUGAGGUAUUUGAAAUUAAAACGCGCCGUCUUAGCCAUGCAGAGGUCCGUUCGAGUCAAACUGGCACGCGCAAAGUUCCUCAAGGAAAAGGAGUACCGCAGCGCUGUGGUCAUUCAAAAGCAUGUACGUACGUUUCUUGCUCGACGACGGUUCCUACGCUUAAAGGCCGCUGCCAUCAUCAUCCAGUGUUGUGUCCGCUCCUGGAUGGCGCGAAGAAAGCUCCGUGAACUUAAGCUUGAGGCAAAGUCGUUUGGACAUUUGCAGAAUUUGAAUAAAGGGUUAGAAAAGAAAAUCAUGACGAUUCAAGAAAAAAUGGACCUGAUGGCUGAAGAAAAUGGCAAUGUUAAGCGACUGAACUCCUUAUUGAAUGAACAGAACAAUAUCCUCAAAGCAGCAAAUAAUCAGCAUGAAGCGCAGUUACGGAUUUUACACACUCAAAUCGACCAACUCAAGGAAAUAUUGACGGUAAGUAAGUAAUU